AUGUGUAUCUGAUUUUGGGUCUGUAUGUGCAUGAGAAUCUGUUGCCACUGAUUGACAAACACUAUAAGUCGAUGGAGCAUCGAUCAGCUGUCCAUUAACUGCAAACACUUAAGGAUUAAUGCAGUUAAUGCUGUCCCUUUAGACCUAGAACUUAGCUUGUAUAAAGAAGAGACCAAUGCACCGCAGACGGCCCAUGUUUAAUGGUUUAUCUAAAUGGAUGAGAGAGUUAAUGAGUGUUUCCUAACAGAAUGAUUGGCAUGGUUAGGUUUUUCGGCAUUUCCUUCGUUUUUUAUGCAAUGCCGUCGUUCAACAUAGGGCCGGCUGAAGGUCGGCUGGCGGACUGUUUGAAAUGCAGAUCAGAUUGUUCUCUGAGUUUAGCAGAUCAGAGUAGUGAACAUUGUGGAGGAUAAGACCUCUGCACCAUUAGCUGGGCGCUAUCCAGGCUAAUUGCCCUCACUCAUGAUAGCCUCUGGCUGAAUUUCAUUCAUCUCACCCUUGCUCUGGCUAACGUGACCAUGCAUCCCAACAAGAAUAUUAAACACUUUUGUCAUAAGCAGAAUGCCAUAGUUUCAAACAGUGAAAGUUUCAGUUAGUUUCUAACUAUUUAAUAGCAAGCUAUGCCACACGAUACUUGUACUCCAAGUUGAAAAAUAAUACCAAAGAUGAUAUAGUGACAUAGUAGACAAGCGAACAUCUGGGCUGUCUGUAUAUCAGUCUUUUGCGGCCCCGAAUCACAGGUGGACUGAUACACUUCCGAGGUAGUUAUGAUUGCUUUUCAUGUGCAUUUUUGCUGCGGAAGAUAUCAAGUUUGAUACCAUCUGUUUUCUAUUUCAUUUCUCUCGACGCAACAAUAGUUUACUAUUAAAACGUUGGGCUGUCCAGAGGGCCGUCCCUCUGCUUGUGAGGCUACUUAGCCGCUGCCAGGGGAUUGCUCGUAAGUGGCUCAUUGAAGCCUAAGUGACGAAAGCCCUUUUAGGGGAGAGGAGCAUGUACUUGAGCAAUGCAAAUGUGUCACUUAAACCCUGCUAGAGUUGUAACCAUGAAUAUAAAAAUGCAUGAAAAACCUGAUUCAAUCUUAAUCAAAUAUGUCAACAAAAGAUGAAUAAAUAAAAAAGUAAAUAAAUAUGAAUACAUAAUUCAAUAUACACAUAAACAUGAAUUAAAGAAAUACAUUUAAAAUGAUUUAAUAAAUCUAAGCAGUAAUAAAAUCCACCACAUUUUUAUCGUUUUCCCGGACAAUAAUAGUCCAACCGAGCCAGGCCCUUUGUCAAACAGACAAAGGGCUUUCUGAACGUUCAAGUGGCUGACCUCUCUCAUCCAGGACGAACCUCUACCCUCAGCCCGCCUCGAAGGAGGAGGACAGCCAAUGCAGACGUCGGUGGGCGAGCGAGGCCCGACGGGGAGAGAGAGGGAGAGUCAUAGAUAAAGGCUGGAGAUGAAGGAGGAUGCUUUGCUGCGGUUGGCAGCGGUCGUCAAUGUUCGCUCGCUACGAGAUGCCCUCCGAGACAGCGUACAGGAAUUGCUACCCAGCACGGAGUGUGUAUGUGUCUACAUUCUGGAGGGAGACUCGCGGCUGCUGUGUGAUGACCCGCCGCACGAACUGUCAAAGGAGGGAAAAAUCAGGAGUCUCCUGGAGCAGCUGAAGCGUCACCAAUGUGCCGGCCUCCCCCCCGCCGAGCUGCCAGAGAAAUACAGAGCCUGCUUGGCCACGCCCUUACCUGCCCACAGGAGAGCUCUUGUCAUUCCUAUCUUGGACCCAGACCGUAAGAAGGCUAUCUGUGUCUUGCUGGUGGGUUGUAAGCCACUUGCUGACCAGGAUGAAGUGUGUCUCAACACGCUGGAGAAGCACGCUUCGGUGGCAUGUGGGCGGGUCCAAGCCAUCCAGCUACCGUACCCUCAGCCGCCCCUUAGUCCCUCCCCUAUUCAAUCCCACAAUGUACUGCUGGGCCUCGAUGUCCCGGACCAGGAUUACUGUGAGCUGGACCGCAACAUUCUACAGCUCUGCGGUGAGCUGUACGACCUUGAUGCCACAGCGCUCCAGCUCAAGGUCAUCCAUUACUUGCAGCAGCAGACUCAGUCACAGUGCUGCUGUCUCCUACUGGUAUCCGAAGACAACCACCAACUCUUCUGCCAGGUUGUUGGAGACAAAGUUCUGGAGGAGGAAAUCAGUUUCCCGCUCAUGUUUGGCCGUUUUGGUCAAGUUGUCGAAAAGAAGAAGUCCAUCACGCUUCAGGACAUCAGUGCGGAGGAGCGCCGGCAGCUCUCCAUCAUGCUGGGCUGUGAGAUCUCCUCCCUGCUGUGCGUCCCCGUCACCAGUAGGGCCACCGACCAGGUGGUGGCGCUGGCGUGCGCCUUCAACAAGGAGGGCGGACUGAGACACACAGAGGCAGACGAGCACGCCAUUCAACACUGUUUCUGCUAUACUUCAACUGUCCUUACCUCAACCCUGGCUUUCCAGAAGGAGCAGAAACUCAAAGUGGAGUGCCAGGCUCUGUUACAAGUGGCCAAGAACCUCUUCACACACUUGGACGACGUGUCUGUGCUGCUGCAGGAAAUUAUAGUGGAAGCCCGAAACCUCAGUGACGCAGAGAUCUGCUCUGUGUUCCUGCUGGACCGCGUCAGCCAUGAGCUGGUGGCCAAGGUGUUUGACGGGGGAGUUGUCAGCGAUGAGGAGAAGGAGUUCCGUAUCCCGGCGGACCAGGGCAUCGCGGGCCACGUGGCGACCACCGGCCAGACCCUCAACAUCAAGGACGCCUACUCCCACCCCCUGUUCUACCGCGGGGUGGACGACAGCACGGGCUUCAAGACCCGCAACAUCCUCUGCUUCCCCAUCAAGGACGAGAACAACGAGGUUAUCGGAGUGGCUGAGCUGGUCAAUAAAACCAACGGACCAUGGUUUAAUCGCUUUGAUGAAGAUCUGGCCAAUGCUUUCUCCAUCUACUGUGGCAUCAGCAUCGCCCAUUCUCUGCUCUACAAGAAGGUCCAUGAAGCUCAGUUCAGAUCCCACCUGGCCAAUGAGAUGAUGAUGUACCACAUGAAGGUGUCGGAAGAGGAGGUGUCCAAGCUGCUGGUGGUUGGGAUAGAACCAGUGAAAGAGAUCCACUCGUGCUUCGCUGAGUUCACGUACACGCCGCGCUCCCUCCCCGACGACACCACUCCCAUGGGUAUUCUGAGCAUGUUUGAGGACAUGGGCUUCAUCAACACCUACAAGAUAGACCUGCGCACACUCGCCAGGUUCUGCCUGAUGGUGAAGAAAGGCUACCGGGAUCCUCCCUACCACAACUGGAUGCACGCCUUCUCGGUCUCACACUUCUGUUACUUGCUCUACAAGAACCUGGGCCUGGCCAACUACCUCGAGGACAUAGAGAUCUUUGCGCUCUUUGUCUCCUGCAUGUGUCACGACCUGGACCACCGUGGCACCACCAACUCCUUCCAGGUCGCGUCGCAAUCCGUGCUGGCUGCUCUCUACAGCUCUGAAGGCUCUGUGAUGGAGAGGCACCACUUUGCCCAGGCUAUUGCCAUUCUGAACACCCACGGCUGCAACAUCUUCGAAAAAUUUUCAAGGAGGGACUAUCAGCGCAUGUUGGAUCUUAUGAGAGACAUCAUUCUGGCUACUGACCUGGCUCACCACCUCCGUAUCUUCAAGGACCUCCAGAGGAUUGCUGAUCUUGGCUACAACAAGAACAAUCAGACCCAUCGCUCUCUACUGCUGUGCCUGCUGAUGACGUCAUGUGACCUGUCGGACCAGACCAAGGGCUGGAAGACCACGCGCAAGAUAGCGGAGCUGAUCUACAAGGAGUUCUUCUCACAAGGAGAUCUGGAAAAAGCCAUGGGGAACCGACCCAGUGAGAUGAUGGACCGGGAGAAGGCUUACAUCCCAGAGCUACAGAUCAGCUUCAUGGAGCACAUCGCCAUGCCCAUCUAUAAGUUGCUGUCGGAGUUCUUCCCCAGGGCCACGGAGCUGUACGAGAGGGUGGCCGCCAACAGGGAGCAGUGGACUAAAGUCUCCCACAAGUUCACCAUCCGGGGUUUGCCUAGCAAUAACAGCCUGGACUUCCUGGAUCAGGAGUAUGAGCUGCUGCAGUCCCAGGGGGCCUUCGGCAGCGACGACCAAUGUAUCAACGGUUGCCUGGACGAGGGGGAGGGUCAGUGAUUGUGACGAGGACGGUGACUAAGAUGCUGAUGAGGAGGAUCACGGCGAGUCUCAGUGCUCUUGCUGAGGUUUUUAGGAGAGGCUGGUGACAGCUUUUUUUCCAAUCACCCCCCCCCCCCCCCCCGCGCGAGAGAGCAAGAGAGAUCUUUCUCUUGUCCGCUGUCCUCCACCUAGAUAGCUUAGCAGGGGGAGGACGUCAUGCACCGCUGACGGGGGGGUCCCUACGUGAGCGGAUCAGACAGAGACAGGUUCAGUGGACUCUGGGGGACAGAUGCAAUGCGCUGCUUUGUCUCCAGGCCGGGAUGCAGGGAGCAGGGGACAUGUUGUGUCUUUUUGCUCCACCACAGCUACACUGGAGGGGGACGGGGGGACGGGACAUUAUUUUGAGAACGAGUUCAUAAGGAGAUGAUGUGGGACGAUGGGAUGAUUGUAAAAACACAUCCGUACACACAAGCAAGCACACACACACACCCACACACAUUCACACUUGUAAAAAAAAAGAAAACGCACAUACUGUUGAGUGGAAACACCAUAUGAUAUAUAUACACACAAUACACACAACUUUGACACACACACGAGGCAGAAAAAAACGACUACUCGAUAUCAAGAAGACGACACCGACAUGUUCAACCUACAUGAAGUGCUAAAUCCAUUCUGUACAAUGUUUUGUAACGGCUUCUAUUGAAUUAAAUGGUUCCAAUUUGUCAACGCUCAACUCAAACCGUCUGUGUCUCACCUUACGCUAAGGAAGGUAUUUUGUAUGUGCACCUUGUUUAUUAUCUUCUUCACCUAGUAUUAGUUACACAAUUCAGACUCGCUCCUCAAUGAAUGCAGUCCGGGUUUUUUAUACCAUUCGAAAAUUAUUUUUUAUUCAGCAUUUCAAGGAAUAAAUUAUUCAUCACGAUUUUUACAGGAGAAACAUAUUAACAGGAACAUAUUUAUUUAACUGCUUUUAUGAUGUUUACAAAAGAUUAUGCUUUUUUGGGGGGGUUCAGGGGACAAUUUGACAAUCAGUAGAGUCACUUAACCCUAUUGGCUCACAGAACCACAGACGCACACACAGACACACCUUAUGUCAUACAUACAUAUAUAUAUAUGAGUAAAUCAAGGCCAAUUCUCAAACAUUCUCUCUGUCCCCCUUCUCCCCCUCCCUGUUCCCUAUUGAUUUCUCUGAAAAUAAGAGAAACCAAGAGAGGAUGGAGACAGAGCGUCUGAAACCCUUUACAGAGAUCCUUCACCAUGUUUCAGUGUGCGUGGGCUAGACUAGAAACCAUCGAGUGUGUGUGUAAGACGGAUCUGCCUUAUUGUCCAUAUUUGCUGCCUUUUCCAGAGCUUUUAAUAUAUGAACAUUUAAAAUAAAGUCUCUUUUAGUAUUUAUGUUGUAUAUUUGUUAUAGACAUAUAGUUUUUAUUACCGAUACGUUGACUGGAUGACCGUGCGGUUCAGAAGAUGUAUAUUUGUGAAAUACCUGUAAAGACCUCAGAAGUCCUAUUCCAUGUUUUUUUUUUUUUUUUACAAUGUCGGAAUUGUUUUCUUUUUUUUAACUCUUGAACAAAUUAAACAGACAGGAGUACUAUUA